AUGGCUUUGAGAAAUACAAUCCUGAUUUUCUGUGUUGCAACGGCUUUUCUGAGCACUUGUUCUGGUGCAACUGCAUCGGGGGCUGUAUACAGAGCAGGGGUUGUUUACCAUGUUGGUGACUCCAGUGGGUGGAGUAUCUUUCCUGACUACAAUAAUUGGACUUCCACAAAAAACUUUCAUGUGGGAGAUACUUUACUUUUUACCUACGAUAAGAUGUUCCAUAAUUUGAUGCAAGUCCAUGGGAAAGAUUACCAAUCGUGCAACACUAAGUCGCCCAUGGUCGUCUAUGAUACUGGAUCUGAUGCUAUAAAUCUUAAGAAACCUGGCGACUAUUAUUUCAUCUGUGGUAGAAACUUCGAACCUGAGUGGUAUGCUAUGACUCUCAAGGAACCCGGCCACUGCCAAGCCGGGCAAAAACUUCACAUCAAGGUCACUCUACCGAUACCAAAUCAUCAUAUGGUUGCAAGUCCCAUCCCAGCACCAGCACCCAAGUGA